AUGUCCAUUACAGAUGGCGUCGAAGAACUGUUUGGCUACAACCGAGGGAACUUCAUGUUCGACCAAGUUCUGCGGCAAUGGCGAGAGUACCAAGAGCAGGAUAUGCGCGUGAAGCAGUUCAUGCUCUAUCGAGAGGAUGUCCGGGAUUUGACCGAACUCACCACCAGCAAGAUGGACAGCUACUUGAUGAUUGCCAUCCUGGAGCUGGGGUGCUGUCUUGAUUUAUUGGUGCACGGCGUCCUGCACAUCAAAGCCAUGACAGACGAGCCUACAUGGCUGCUGUGGCUUUAUGUGAUAAGCUUAGCUGAAGCCUUCGUGUUCCUGUUCCUGAGCGCCUGGCUUGCAAUCCACGCAUCAGUUUCUGCGCAUUCCUUCAGCGUCAGGUUGCUAACGCAAUUUGUGCGACUGCCGCUGCCCAGCCGGAGGCAAAUCGAUGCUGGAUCUGCUUUGGCUACCGACUACGAAAACAAGGGCUUCGAGGACCUUUUGCGCCUGCCCGUUCUGCGGCAGCAAGCCGAGCGCUUGAGUGGAGGUGGCCAAAGCCAGCGGCCACAGGAUCCAUCAGGAGGAGUUGCGGUGGCUGGCUUGGUGUCCAUGUCCCAGCCGAACGCCAAUGCGGCUGUUGCUGCUAAACAUGUGCGGCUCUAUCGUGACCUGCAGGACAACUGGCAGGCACACGAUGCGUAUGCGCGGGCCUGCCUUGCACUUGGUACGUACAAGCUGUUGCAUGCCGUGGCUUACUACACAGUUGGCCUUCUCGUCCUUGAGAUGCAUGCACCAUGGGCUGGUCUUGCCUGCGCGACAGUACUUCCCAUGCUGGCAUGGCUUUUGAUCAAGCUGGAUCUGUACUUCUCAAGCGCUAGAAGGGUCCUGGGAGCUUUGUUUCUCAUGUUGGGUCCGUUGCUCGCCCUAGUGGCUGCUACACUGAAUUCUUUGAGCGAGCCGCAACGCGUGGCACAAUCUGUUCUUGUGGCUGUCGUCUUUGCGAUGCAUGCUGGCCUCAUCGUGUGUGUCGCAUGUAUUGCCAGAGCCGAGCAUGUCUCUGAACGCGGUGCAGCUCUGCCCACCCGAUUUCGGAGUGUCCUGUACCUCGAUGUUUUCGGUUGGCUCCAAAGCCCGGACGAGAGGGCGGCAGAGGAAAGUGCUGGACCCAACUCGACCCGAAACCAGGUCGACAGAGAGAUGCCGUUGACCUUGCGAGAGGGCCUCUACAAGGAAAGCAGCCGUUUGGGCAGGCAGCUGCGCUGCGAAUUCCAGACCUGGGAGGUCCCGGCCGUUGUGCGCGCACUUCGUCAUGCGUAG